AUUUCAAAAUUCUAUUUGAGUUGUUUUUAAAGAUAAUACAAGCAUGCCGUCGGAUCAAAUCCAAUAUUCAGAAAAGUAUUACGACGAGGUGUUUGAGUACCGGCACGUAAUACUUCCACCUGAUUUGGCCAAGUAUGUGCCGAAAACACACCUGAUGUCAGAAACGGAGUGGCGUAACCUAGGCGUUCAGCAAUCUCCCGGUUGGGUGCUAUACAUGAUACAUGCGCCUGAACCACACGUACUACUGUUUCGACGUCCACGAGCGGAUCAACCAGCACAAUUGUAGAACGAUGCAGCGUUCCUUAGGCAAUAAUUACGACGCCACUCGUAAAGCCGGCAUGCGGUGCUCAAUCUGCUGUUGAUAGUUUUAAUUAAUGCUACUGAAUUCGAUAAAUGUUGCAUUUUCGUCCCAUUAGCACAAGCCACAAUUCCUGCAGGCCCUGUGUUACCAAUAGUUACUGCCCUAGUCAGUAAUGAAAUACGAGGAACUAUUAAGAUCUCUUCUAAAGCAACCGUGUAUGAGUACAAUGCCAUGUUAAACCAAAUGAUAGCUGUGUCUACCAAAUGGUUUGGUUAGUCUGCUAAGCAAGAAGGGAUUAUCUUUUGAUAUGAAAUAAAUUGACAAGUUGUUAAAUAUUAUC